UUUUACUACACGAAAGUACACGAAAAUUUGUUUUUGUUGUUAAAAUAGCUUAAAAAUUGUCAAAAGUCUACCAGGGAAAAGAACGACUUUACGUCUUGCAAAUGACUUGUUUGUUUCGGCCAUCGUUUUCCUCGUGACCGGGUCGUGACUCCCAGAUAAUAAAUGUUAGUGCUAUGGUGCCAUAGAAAUCGGACACCUGUUUGCAUUAUGUCUGGCGAUCUCAUGCCUAUUGUACACGCCGUAAAUGAAGGUUUCCUGGACAGUCCUGUAGCAGACAGAAACCACAGCCACAGAUAUGAAGAGCUGAUGGGAGAGAGCGUUUCUUGUCCGACAUGUCGCGGAUUAGGUCGGGUACCUAGAGCAGAGCAGGACAGUUUGGUGGCUUUGAUUCCAGUGAAUGAUAAACGCCUCAAACCCAGACGGACAUGUCUUUGGGUUGCAAUUGCAGUCUUCUUAACAUUAUUGGCAGGUGCUCUCACCGCAUUUUUUCUUGUUCCUCGUGAAGUAAAGCUCCUCAGCAAUAAUCCAAAUAUCCACCCUUACUCAGUCAACAUCAGCAAAAAUGGAAACAAGUCAUUUGUUGUAAUGAAAUUUGUAAAUGUAUAUAACUGCAGUAACCAGAACUUUUAUCCAAUCUCAAUAAAAAAGCUGGAACUUACAUCCUAUAUGUUUGACAGUGAGUCCACCAUUGUGGCGCACGCUUACAACAGAUCAGAACUCACAGUGCCCAUGAAAUCCACCAAAGAGUGCUCCAUUAAUGUCACCAUGACCUUUAAACACCAGUUUGGAUACAUGGCCACCUACUGCUGUGACCCAAGGGACUGGGUACACACCUUCAUCAUGAGAUUUCAGUCAGUGAUCACAGCAUCAUAUCUGGGUCACACUGAAGAGAUGUCCCUGGUCACCUACCAGAAUGUGGACUGCUAUCUAGAGAGCAGUAAAAAACAAUGUGCAGAGUUCAUAUAAUACCAGGGAGAAAAUUCACAGCAGAUCUGAACACUGAAUGUUUUAGGCUACUCAGACCAGAAUUGAUAGUGGUAGUCCAUUUAAGGCAGUGCUUUGCCCUUCUUGUAUUAAAGAAGAAAUGGCUAGUUCAGCAGCCAAUGCAAUAUAGGACAUAUGAGAAUAUUGAAUAGUUAUUGAAACAGAAAAAUAUGUUUAUAAGGUGAAAACUUUCUGAGAAAGGAAACUGUCUGUAGUUCGUUUGUUUAAUCUCAUAACUGAUCCUUUUCUUUUUGAAGAAUUAUUAUGGCCAGUUUAUACAACUGUGGGACUGUUAAGUUAACUAUUUGGUUGAAGCCUUAAAGUCAAAUAUGAACUCUAUUUCUGGUUGGAAAUAAUUUACGCCAUGCUAAUUGAUUUCAAGUGAUUUGAAACUGAAAUGAAGAAAGAAAUACAUUGCAGAGGCAGUGUGUCUCUGUGUAUAUAUCCAGUAUAUAUAUGUAUGUAUGUACACUGUAUGUAAUAGAGAUGGCCAAUACACAUGUAAGUGAACCUAUGCUGGUUUAACAAGAUUUAAGUGAAGAACCCAGGAGCUUUCUAUGCAUUAUGAAACAAAAACUGUCUGGCAGACAUUUCAUGAUAUUUAUUAUUACCUCACUCUCACAAAUUCAUACACAUGGUUGAUUCCAGAGAUAUUUUCUGACAGUCGUCCUAAUUGUCUUUUUUUAUAAUCCAUCCUCUAUUUUUACCAUCCUGCAAGUGCAUGCACCUGUUAUAUAAUGAUAAUAUUGUGAAAUAUGAAAUAUUUUGCAGCAAGACAAUGGAUGAGUCUUUUAAAAAGGAACAAUGACAAACAAUUGCACAUGGUGAACAUUUUAAAAUAACAGCCUAUGAGAAUUAAAAUAAUGAUAUAAUAGUUACAUUUUAUCUUCAACUAAAAAGUUGAAUGGUACAUACAUAAUUAUACUAAAAUUGUAAUUCUAAUAAAAUUAUGUUAGGAUCAGUUAGCUUGAAGAGAAACCGGGCACUUCGCACAUGACUACGGUUCAGUAAUUACAUUUUAUUUGUACAUUGCACAAGACUGCAAUUCUACAACAAAAACAACCACAGUAGACACACUCAACCAUUGUCAGCUAUUGUGUAAGAAAUCAUUUAAGAUUAAAACUAUGUCAACAAUGUUGCAAAUGGCACUUAUUAAACAUGUCUUGGUUCUCUACAUGUAGUAACAACUGAGCUUACAGGACAUGAGGUUUGAUAUGGAAAUGUUCGCUUACUGCCUUAAAAACUGCUUAAGUACCUAUAAAUAUCUAAUUAUACACCAUUUUUGGUGUCAUCUAUCUUUGAUAGAUUUUGUUGUUUCUAAAAUUCUGUACAUAUGAAAUAAAGGAAAAAAUAUGUA